CUUCGAAAACUCAUUAUUUUACAAGUAAAUGGAAAGUAAAGAAGGCAAACAUAUGCAAACUAUAGCAUUAGCAAUUUUCUCGUUGGCCCUCAUAGGUACCACAUUGGCUGUGCCCUUUACCUACGUUGCCAAAGCUAAGGCUGAUAAUAAUAUACUAAACAUGCUCGCCGAAUCCAAUAUGUUGAGUGGCUCGGCUGAGCCUGAAAUCACUAUCGAAUGUUUCAACCAUUUUAUUCCGAUCUUAAAUCAAAUUUCAACCAACUUCUCGGUGCAAUAUGAACAGUGUGUAACCGUGGCUACACAAGCUGAAGCGAAUCUCUCUACCUCAGCUGCACAGAAUCGUGCAACUUUCGUUAAUGAGACCUCUGCUAUUUGCAGUGCUUUCACUUCCUGCAACAGUGACAGCGACAAUUUGAACUUCUUCGACUGUUAUGCCACAGCUGCUUCUACUGAUGUCAAUGAGAUCUACAAUCUGUCAAAAGAUGCUGCCAAUGCAGCCAUUUCUCUUAAAGGUGGAUUGCAACUAAUUACGGAUACUGAGGAAAUCUGCACCAAUAACGCUCAACUUGCAUAUGCUGCGCAGACCUCUGAGACCUAUAAAGAAUUGAAUGCUUGUUUUGUCAAUGGCUUGUGAGCCGCUAGCACCGUUACUGCUAAUUAAGCCAGUACACAAGUUUUAAUCUAAAAAAUAUUAAAAGUACUGCAGAUGGGAAAUUAAUAAUAAAAAACAAUAAAAGUUCCAA